AUGAUUGGAAUGUCUACUUUGCUGUAUGGUGUUCUUACAAAGCAUUUUAGAUUUAACAGAGAAAGUUUAAAAGAUCAUACGAAAUUUCAGUAUUUAAAUGCAGGAACUGGUGGAAUCGGUGGUGCUUUUGUACAUACAAACCAUUUUAAUACUAAUUUGAUGAUUCUUGACGGUUGGUGGGGUAAUUCUAGUGCUGCACGCUUCGCGAUGUUCGAUAAUUUAGCUGAAAUGGAUGAAAUUAACAUGUCAAUAGAUGUUUACGAUAAAGAUGAUCGUAUUGAUAUUGUUGCUGAAGAACCAGCUUCGGAACAACAAAAACAACAUUCUCAACUUACAUUAACUAAAUUAACAAUAUGUGGAGAGAAAAAAAAGUUUUUUUAA